AUACGAAUAUUUACAAGCGGCGGGCGCACCAUUUUCUUAACACUUAACGUUUAUUAUUACUAAUUAUAUUGAUAGUUAUUUCAAGAAUAUCCUUAUUGUUUAAAUUUUUUUUAAAUACGAUGGGCAAAGAUAAAAAGGAUGAGACCAGUGAGGGUUCAAGUGAAGAAGAAUAUGUUGUUGAAAAAGUCUUGAAUAAAAGAACUGUCAAGGGAAAGGUCCAAUAUCUUUUAAAGUGGAAGGGCUACAAAGAAGAGGAAAGCACUUGGGAACCGGAGGAACAUUUAGACUGUGAAGAACUCAUAAAGGCCUUUGAAAAUAGCAGGAAAGAAAAAGAGGUGAAGGCAAAAAAAUCGGAGGAACGAAGUAAAAAGCGUCGUCGUGAUUCAAGUGACGAUACAAGCACAACGGGAAAGAUACGUGAGGCCAGUGUGUCUUCGGUUGAGGAACAGAAAGAGGCACGCAAGGAGAAGAAAGAUGAUAAAAAUAAAUCUGGCUUUGAAAAAGGCUUGAAAGCUGAGAAAAUUAUCGGAGCAUCUGAUGCCACCGGUGAACUAAUGUUUUUAAUAAAAUGGGCCGACUCUGACGAAGCUGAAUUAGUCCCUUCAAAAGUUGCUAACAUUAAGUGUCCCCAACAGGUUAUAGCAUUUUAUGAAGAGCGACUGACAUGGCACAGUCCAGCCGAGUCGGAGUGAAUGAGGACAUGCCCAUGUCAACGUUCAGAGACUAUGUGAAGUGGCUCACUAGUGAGGAAAUGAUUUUGGCAUGAAAUGUUAAGUGUAACUAUUGACUAUUGGAACAUAAGAAGUUAUGUUUUUGAAGCUUAUAGUUUAAAUGAAUUCCCUGUUACGUAUUUUAAUUAUUUGUUUUUUACUUUUGCCCCCUUUUGAUUGAAUUAUCCAGUUAUUUUAUUUUUAACAUUUAGACUAAAUUGUAACAAUAGAAAAUGUUGUUAUAUCUUUGCGUAGGAAAUAAUAUAGACCAAUGCAUAGAUAAAAGUCAGUGUUGUUUGUGCCGCAAAAGCUGUAUUUUGUUCUCGGUGGAGGCGCUGGUGGACUCUUGAAUAUUGACCUUGUUUCAUAACAUAACAUAGCAUAGUUUAUUUGUGAAUGGUUUUAAUGGACUCGGUCGCCCGCCGCCGCUUUCACUCGGGACCUACACUAUUAAAAAUUUUGUUUACAUAAUUCAAUAUUGAAGAAACGAGGUUACGAUAAUUCAAAAAUAUUAAAUUAUAAUGGUGGUAUUGAGA